AUGGCAGAAAAUAUGAGCAGCGAGCCGGAGCAGCAGGCGCGGCCGCCGCCGGAGUCUGUACAGCCGCCGGAGUCGCCGGGGUCGGUGACCGUGCGGGCGGCGCGAGUGGACGACAUGCCGCGCAUUCACACCCUCAUACACGAGCUGGCCGCGUACGAGGGGGUGCCCGACGGACCGCGGCUCAGCGUCCAAGACUUGGUGAGGGACGGCUUCGAGUGUCCGUCGCCGUGGUUCUUCGCGGUGGUGGCGGAGCGCGGCGGCCAGCUGGUGGGGUACGCGCUGUGCAACCGCGCCUACUCCAGCUGGACCUGCCGCGCCCUCUACAUCGAGGACCUCUAUGUGGUGCCGGACAUGCGGCGCGCAGGGAUCGGUAUGAAGAUACUGCAACACCUCUGUCAGAUGUCGUUGCGUGAGGACGUGCACCGCAUCGACUGGCACGUGCUGGACAGCAACGCGCCCGCGCUGGCGUUCUACGACCGGCUCGGAGCCCGCGACCUGCGCCGCACCGAGCGCCGCGCCGCGCUGCGCCUCGACAGACACCGCAUCGAGGCGGUCGCCGGCCACCGACACCACCACGCUCCGCCCUCCUGAACACCGCUCAAUACAUACCAUAUACGACCGUGACCACUGUAUGUUGAUGUUGAUGAUCCAUCGAUUGCUGAUAAAAAUGUAUUCUAAAAGCAAAAUAAUAUAAGAGAAAAAUCUGUUCUGUAAUAAAUCACUAUAGAAUGUUUAUGAAUCAAGAGUAGGAAGGGAAUUUAAGGAUUAUCAGAUAUAUUUUCUUUAAGACUAGCUGUGCCCGCGUGCCCGUGUAUUAUUAUGAUGCAUAAGCUAUAUUACUGUAAAGUUUCAUCGAAAUCCGUUCAAUAAUUUUUGCGUGAAAGAGUAAUAAACAUCGAUACUUACGAACUUUUGCGUUUAUAAUAUUAAGAUUAAGAUAUAUUUUUAAGUAUAGAUACUUAUAUUGUAUUUGUAAAGUGUUACUAUAGAUAUUAUUUAUUAUAUUCAAUAAUUAGUAAAUGCAUGUAUUUACAUAUAAAAUAACUACAUAUUUUUUAUAAAACUUAUUGAUAAAUAAAUG